AUGGACUGGGGUGAGCUUGAUUCUUUUGAAGGAGAUUCCUCUUCCAGCUACUUAUCCAACUUAGCUUCUACUCACAACCUUUCCCAAAUCAAUAAAAUCUGCAAUCACAGAGGCGUCUACCUGGACCUCAUAUUUUCCUCUACCCCUACGACUGCAGUUAUCCGCCCUGACGACCUUCUUGUUGCCGAAGACACUCAUCACCCCGCGCUCUCCUGCUCAAUCCUGCUGCAGAAUUCCUCAGCCUCGAGUAACAACCAAGUUCCCUCACCUGUCUUCGACUUGGCUGGAACUUCUCCAUCACAAAAUGUGUCGUCACUGCCUCGUACGUUCAACUCAAACUUGCCUCGCUUGACCCUAAUAAGGGAGCUGGUCCUGAUGCUAUUCCUUCCAUGCGUUCUGAAAUACUGUGCCCCUGUUUUGCCUCCUCAUCUGGCUAUCUGGUUUUCAUCCCUGCUCUCACUUGGAAUCUUCCCAUUGGCCCUCAAGCGUGGCUUUGUCGUUCCCAUUUUCAAAUCUGGUGAUCGCUCAAACGUCAAAAACUAUCGGCCCAUUUUCAUUCUCUCUGCUGUUGCCAAGAUGUACGAGAGCAUUGUCCUGGACUACCUCUAUUUUAAUCUCCGGAAAUGUAUCUCUUCCUCUCAACAUGGCUUCCUGUGCUCACGUUCAACAGUAACUAACCUUAUGGAAUUUCAAGAAUACGUCAUGGCUGCUUUUGGCAAUGCUCACCAAGUUGACUGCGUCUACCUUGAUCUCUCCAAGGGUUUCGACAAGGUCAAUCACAACAUGCAUGUAGCCAAGCUUGCCAGAUAUGGUGUGGGGGCCUCCUGCUUGAGUGGUUAA